ACGUGCGUCGCGCGCUUAACAAGAAAAACGAUCCAAGUAACGACAAAAAAAUAACAACCAACCCAUUUUUACCAAGAAACCGAGAAGCGGGAAGAAAAUUAAACAACUAGCUUGAUAAUUUUCGUUCGUAUUUUGUUUAUGUUCCGUUUUUUGUGUGCCGGUGGUGUUUUUGCUGGCUUUUUGUUUGGCUGCAGUGGCGCGUAACGUGCAACACACACCGCACACAGUCAACCCCCAAAAAACAAAAACAGCAACAGCAAAACAAAAAAAAACAACAAAACAACAAAAAGAUAAUAACGACUACUAUCUGGUCCUGGGGACAAACAGGAUGCGCUCGACUGACCCUGCGCACCUGUUCGCCAACGACAAGUGCCACGGACAAUAAUGAAAUUUCCCGGGCCCUCGUGUGUGCUAGUGUGUGUGUGUGAAAUUUUCUUGUAAUUUAUGCAAAGCAUAAGCGAAGGCGGAAAAUUCAACUGGUGUUUCUUUGGGCGGCUUUGUUCCUGCUGGUGGGAACUGGCCAUAGUGAAAACUCCCAGCCAUAAGCUGGAAUAACUGAUAGCCCACUUUUCGCUCAUGGUUUGUGCCAAGCGAUCAUGCUGAUUGUGGACAUGUUGACGCUGGCAUUGGCAAAUGAGCCGAUAUGCGGCGGUGGCAAAAUGAGAUCCGGUGGCAAGGACAAUCAGGCGGGUGGAGGUGGAGGAGGAGGAGCAGCAGCGGCAGCAGCAUCUAUGGCCAAUACAUCUGGUGGUGGACUAGGCCCAAAUUGCGGGCUUUCUGGCCACUUGGCAUGCGAGGCACGCAACUCACGCGACAAUGUUGCUGCCGUGCAUGACGAGCUGCGUCAGCAGUGCCACUCGGCGAUAGUUGCGGUGGAGGCGCGUGCGCCUGCUGAAUACACUGGCAACAACAAGGGCGACAGCAACAACAAUAGCAGCAGCACCAGCAGCAACAAUAGCAGCAACAACAGCAGCAACACUAGCUGCAACAUCGACAACUCUGGCGACAACACAGCAACGGAAGUGGCCACGAAAUGUGAGUACGCGCAACUCGAGCAUGAGAGGCAGAGCGUGAGCGCAGGCGCAUACCUGCAACCACCCAAUGUGACAGUAAGCAGCAGCAGCCUCAGCAGCAGCAGCAGCAACAACAACAACAACAGCAGCGCAAGCAACAGCAACAACAACAGCAAGAGGGGGAGCAGCGCCUGCUCAAUACCUACAAUUGGCAGUGAGCUUUUCAAAGCCAACCUUGUGGCAGCAGCAGCAGCAGCAGUCGUCGCAGCUGAGCAGCAGAGGCAGCAGCUACACAAGUCAGCAAGCAGCAGCAGCAGCAGCAGCCAACAGUCAACGAAUUCUGGCCAAAAGCUGUGCAAAUUGAUUGAGUCCAGUGAAAAAUCAGUGGAAAUCAAUUGCCCCAGUCCUUGUGUCACACGCAACGUGCCUGAAAGUGGCCCAAAGUCCAGGGAAAAGUCGUCGCAAAGCGUUGGCCAAACUGGCGACGAUAUUGGCAGCCACAACGACGACGACAACGAGACCAACAACGACAACGACAACAACCACGACGACGACGACGACGACGACGCGCGACGUACAGAAAAAUUUGUGCAAAAAAUCAGGCAAAGCGCGUUGCCUGCUCGCGGGCCACAUCAUUUUUUUUAUCCCAGUGAAAGUGUUGAGAUAGAUGCAGCCGCACCAGCAGCAGCAUCACUAGUAACAGUAGCAACAGCAACAGCAACAGCACCAGCACCAGCCUUAAGCUCCAAAAAAGAGGAGCAGCAGGAGGAGCAGCAGGAGGCGGGGCAGGCGCCAUUGUCAUUGCCAUAUUCACAGCACCCUCCUUGCCCCCACGACUCACAGCGCACCCAGCAAACCCAGCAAACCCAGCAAACCCACGAGCCACCAGCCACCAGCAACUCAUCCUUGACUGGAUGUGGUGGCGUUGAUAAUGUCGCUGGCAUUGCUGCUGUCCGCCCACAAAAAAGUUCCUGGCCUCUGGAUUACGUGAGGAGCAGCAUCGCAGAUCCCGCAGCAGCAACAUGCAAUGACGGAAACAGCAACCAGUCAAAGCCCAGCGAUUUAAGUGCAACAUCCGAGGAGAAGCUCAUCGAUUGCGAGUCCUUGGUGGGCAAUACACUGCCAUCAGGAGCAGUAGCAGGAGCAGUAACAGUAGCAACAAGCUGUAUUGAGCAGGAUCUCAUCGAUUUUGAGCACGAUUUGGGCGAGGAUUUUGUGGCCAGUCAGCGCUUAAAGCGACUGCAGUACAAUUUUCAGGGACGCGUGGCCAGUAGUAGUAACAUUGAUUGUGUAAAGGCAUCCUUGAGACCACAACAACAACAGCAGCAGGAGCAGCAGCAGCAGCAGCAGGAGGAGCAGGAGCAACAAACAAUAAGCAUAACAAAGAAACUACCCCCAGAUACCGAUAGCGAUACCAGCCAGCAACCCCAACUCCAGUGCCCCAGCGAAACUCAAACCCAUACCGAAACCCCAACCCAAACCCAAUCCACUCAAGGCGAAGACAAUAAGGCGAUUGCAGCAAUUAUCGCGGACCCAAGUGCAAUUCAAUUAAAUGUGGAUGCCAGUCGAGCAGCGCAACUACCUACAUUGCCAAAUGAAAGCGAAACAGCAGCCAGCGACGGACAAACAGCUGAAAAAGGAGCCAAGGAGCAGCAUUACGUGCUGAAUACGCACUCCGAGUGGCCAGUGCGCAGGAUCGCGAAGGCGGAGACGGCGAAGGAGAGCCAGAAGGAGAGCCAGAGCAAGUGCCACAACCAGGACCAAGUGGUGAUUGAAAUCGAAACGGAUUGCGUUGAGCAGCAGGACGCUUCUGCCACGGAGGAUUGCCUGAGGCGCUCUGCCUUUGUGCCAGCACAGCCGAGUUGCAAGUUGGAGGCCGGUGAUUUUGGCACAUCGCUGAGCGAGUUCGAUGUGCAGCGUUUUAGCGAGUAUCUGAAGGCCGCCCGCCAAUUGCAGUGGCAACAUCUGAAUUCCAACCGGAACCGGAAGCAGCCGGAUAUCGGUAUCGGUAGCACCAGUAGUUUCCAGUGCUACGACGAACUGCUGGCCGAGUUUGUUAGCGAGCAGCAACAGGAGUACGUGCUAUACGAAAGCUAUUCCGAUUGCGAUACCAAUUCCAAUUCCAAUUCCGAAGAGGAAAACCAGGAAGAGUUUGAUUGCGAAAGAGCCUGCCAGUGCCAUGAGUGCCUAGCCAGCCGGGAUCAGCACACGUCCACUUGCGCCAGAGGCAUCGUUAGCGUUACAGCAGCCCAUCCAGAUCGCCUCGAUCCUCCCACAAUCCCACAACCCACCCACCUGACCAACGGCCACAAGAUGCGCGAGGUCAAUGGUCAGUUGCGCGGCCUGCUCAAGAAGCCAAAUCGACCGCCGCCGGCCCGCAAGAAUCGCGUCGUCUUCGAUGAGACGCGCAACGAGUUCUUCGAGGCCGACUACAUAAUCCUGAUCCGCGAGGAUUGCGCCUACGACGAGGAGGACGAGGAGCCAUGCACCUGCGGCGAGCACGAGCUGGUGCGUCUGUGCUGCGAGGAGGGAUGCCAGUGCAACUAUGCCGUCAAUCCUGCCGAGGCGGGCGAGGGCAGGACGCCACAGAGUCCCAAAUAUCAGCCACCCAUUGAGUUCGUCGACGAUGCGGCACUCAGUCCGCCCGACGGCUACAAGGACAGCAGCCUGAAGAACACGCUCGGCGGCGCCCUGAGCGGUCACAUCUUCGGGGCGCAGCACCUGCAGCAGCUGCAGGUCAUCCAGCGGCUGCAGCAGCAGCGUGCCGCCAUGCUGGCCGCCCGCAACACCACAGGCGGUCAGAUACCGCCCCCCCCCCCCCCCGUCGGCACUGCUCCGCCGCAGCAGCAGCAGCAGCAACAGCAGCAGCAGCAACAGCAGCAGCAGCAACAGUCGCAGCAGCAACAGCAGCAACAGUCGCAUCAACAGCCGCAUCAUGGAGCCAUGCAGCAGCAGCAGUCGGAGGAGGACCUCCAGGGCGUUUGCACCGAGUGCGCGGAGUGCGCCGAGUGUGCGGCCAAGCAGCUCCAGGAAGCAGAAUGCAGCUCCCCGCAGUGUCCGGAGGAGAUGAGCCCACUGGGAGUGCCCGCCGUGGCCAUUCUGCCGCUGCACACCAGCUCCCCGGAGCGGAGGAUCACCCAGAAGGAGAUCAUCGCCGGCGAGGAGCGGCCCAAAUACGUGCUGCAAUCGCAGUACAAGCCAUCGCCCACGGGAGUGGUGAAAGCUAGAAAGGAUUCGGGCAGUAGCAAGGCCAAAUCCGGAUCCAUCUCCGGCUCCGCCUCCGCCUCUGGCUCCAGUUCCGCCUAUGGGACAGCCACCCAAGUCCCGGUCCCGGUCCCGGUCCCCGUUGCAGUUCCAGUUGCAGCUACGGCCAUCAGUAGCCAGCAGUCCUCGAAAAAUAAGCGAUUUGUUGUUGAAACCAUUACCACUAUGACCACAGUGACCGAGCGCCGGAUCAUCCGCGAGGCGCACGAGGAUGUGGCGACCGCUGGAUCCGCCCCUGCACCCGGUACCGCCGCGCCGCCAAUGGUUGGAGCUGCGUCCGCUGCGGGAGCUGAUACAUUGCCACCCGCCUUGCCGGCCAAGGCGAGUGCCGCAGCAGCAGCAGCCGCCGCGGCAGCAGCGGCAUCCACAUCCGCAACAGCAUCCGCAUCAGUAUCCGCAACGGAACAGCAGCAGUUCGAGGCGCAGAAACCACCACCCAUACCGCCCAAGGAGACCUCACCCACGCAGAUCAGCGGCAUCCUCAAGGGCGGCAAGCUAUGGAAGCAGGACUCGAUCUCACAGCAGUCGGAUGAUCAGAACAAUACCACGUCGGAGGACGAGAGUGGUGGCACCAAGCGGUCGGUGAGGUUCGUGACCGAGGAUCAGGCGAAUGCCGGCACCGACAGCGAUGCCCAGUCCCUGGCCGGUGAUCUGGAUGAUAGUGAAAACCAGAUCAACGAGCUGAUCCCGAUCAAGAAGCACUCGACGCUCUUCAACAACGCCCUGCGUCCCAAUUCGGCGGUGCGCCAACUCUUCCCGAGCGUCUCCGCUCACCAGGCGCCGGUGCUCACCUCGGAGGCACUCCGCGCCUUCGAUGAGUCCAAGCGGGCUGGCUGCCUGGUCACCCACCUGCCGGGAAGCUGUGGUGACUCCGACACCUUGCGGAGGAGCAUGGAGCGCAAUAUACUGCGACGAUCGCUGAUCAAAAAAAAGGCUGUCAAAUCGGACAUUUCGCUGGAGGAGCGCAUCAAGCAGCUGACCUGCGACAUCGACGAGGAUCUGGCCGAGGAACUGCAGCGGGCUGUGGACGAGGAUGCUGAGUCCGUGGCCGAACGUGCCGAUGAGCUGGCCCAGCGCAACAGUCCCGCCGGCGAGGAGAAUCCCAAUCCGGUGCCUGGUUCUGGACAAGCUCACAAGUUCGUCAAUGGCGAGAAGAGCUUCUCGCCGAGCAGCUCCGUGUCGAGCUCCUCGAGCGGCUCGUCGGCCUACAAGAAGAUCGCCGACAUCUUCAAUCGCGACAAGAAGCAGGAGAAGAUCAUGGAGAUGGAGGAGAAUCCCAUAGUCAUCAUACCACAGGAGUGCCGUUGUCCCGCUGCUCCGGAUUUGGGCAUGGGCAUCCAGGUGCCGGUGGUGCACACGCAGAUCCAUCGCACUCCGCCCCGCCAAACGGAGCCGAAGCGUCAGUUCCUCUCCUCCACGCUGGCCCCCCUCACCGCCUGUGUGGCUGGGAACAAGGACGACCUAUCCUCCUACUACACACUGGCCGCUGCAGCUGCCGCUCAUCCGCAUGCCCAUGGCCACGCCCACACGCAUGCGCAUGCCGCCCACUAUGCCGCCGCCGCUGCGGCAGCUGACUUCAACAUGGGCCAGCUACUGGGAGCGGCUGCAGCCGCUGCCGCUUCUGGAGAUCCGGCUGCCCAGCAUGCGGCUGCCAUGGCGGCGCAGGGAUUGGCCCAAGGUCUGGCUGCUGCCGGAGGAGGAGUGGGACAGGGAGGACUCGGUGCAGGAGAGGAUGCCCGCAAGGUGGCGCCCGAUGUUAUUGCCGGAACACCGGGUCAGGAGGCCGCUGGGCGGCAGGAGCAGGACGAGUUGGCCGCCUUUGCCCAGGCGGACGCCAAGCGGACCGAGCAGCUCAAGAAGCGGUACACUGGAGCGGGCUCCGAGCCCAGCCAAUCGCAGGCCAGCAGCGACGAUGACGAGCAGAACGACUAUGGGUUCAACAAGCGUCCAUCGGUGCGGGGCAUCAAGCCCAAGUUCAGUUCGACCAACGAGAUUCUGGCCCAGAUGCAGGAGCAGCUGAGUGCGGCCAUACCCACGGUGGUCAAUAGCCAGCCGGUGCAGCAUGCGGUCAAGGGUUACGCCAUGCCCAAUACGCUCAAGCAGAAUCCCUCGCCGCAGAAUGUGCCACAGAACUUACAGCAGCAGCAGCAGCAGCAGCAGCAACAACAGCAGCAGCAGCAACAACAGCAGCAGCAGCAACAGCAGCAACAGCAGCAGCAGCAGCAUCAGCAACAGGCGGUGCAUCAGCAGCAUCAGCAGCAGUUGCAGCAACAAAUGGCCGCCGCACUGCAGAAAACGGAGCAGCGAACGUGGAGCUUCUACAGCGAGACCGGGGAGCAGCAGCGCUUCCCCAUGGACGCGGCUGCCAUACAGCAGACCUACUACCAGACCCUGCCCGCCGGCACCAUGUUCCGCCAGACGAUGAUCCAGCAGGGCGCCACGUCCGCCGGCGGCGCCGAUGAUGCAUCACUGCUGUACGCCGCCGCUGCAGCGGCCCAAAAUUGCCAGAGUGUGACGGCGACGGCAACGGCCACCGCCACGGCCAUCGAGCAGAGCAAGCACAGCAGCUACAGCAGCCACUUCGCCAGGAGCCCCACCCGGCGGCCGGAGUCGCCGCCCCCGCUGCGCAACUACCACCAGACCAUGGUACUCAUACCGUACAACGCGGAGACCUACUCCCAGUUCGCCGCCAGCAGCAGCGGCGAUCCCAAGCUGGCGCACAUCCAGCGCCAGAACAUCCUCGAGUACCAGCAGGUGACCCAGCAGACGAUUCGUGUGCCCAUUGGCUAUGCCCUGCCCGGCAUGCAGUUGCAUGUGGUGAGUGGGCGUGGCCAUGCCGCCCACUACGCCCAGCACCAGCAGCAGCAGCACCAGCAACAGCAGCAACAGCAGCAGCAACAACAGCAACAGCAGCAGCGCCUGAUGCAGGGACACUAUCAGUUUGGACCGGAUGGCGGAAUGCCAGGAUUCAGCGAGCGCGGAGUGCCCGAAGGAGCGGCCGCCGUAUCGCACAGCGACUGCAACGCCAUGGUAUCGCCAACAUCGGCAGCAGCAGCGGUACAGCAGCAGCAGCAACAGCAGCAGCAGAUACAGCAGCAGCAGCAGCAACAGCAGCAACAACAGCAGCAGCAGCAACAAGUCGUGGGAGGAGUGGGUGUGGGCGCCCAGGCGCAGGGAUCCGUGUACUAUGCGAUGAACGUAUGACCCGCGCUCGAAUAGUCGCUGCCAGCGGCGGUCAUUGUCGAGCGCCGCCAGUGUCAACUAGUCGAAAUGUCAGCGACUUCAGUGCAUUUGGGUAGCGGCGGCAUGGGCGGCAGAUGAGCGCCCGCCCCGCGAUAUUCCAAAUUCGAAACCGAGUCCGUGAUUGAGUCCUCGAGUUCCCGUCAGGUCCCAUCCGCUGAUUUCAGUUGCCCCUCAGUUGACCCUAGCGAGCGUUUUUGAAUCAGUUCGAUCUUCCGUUUGUAGCCAGUGUAUCUGUAUUUGAAUCUGUAUUUGUAUCUGUAUCUGUAAGCGUAACCGUAUCUGUUUUUGCGUCAGUAUGAUUAUCAUUAGCUGUAUCCGUAUCCGUAUCCGUAACCGUGUUGUCAGUAUCUUUGUGUCUGUGGACGCGUGUGUGUCACAAAUACUCGAUUACGGCUUGCCACUAAUUUGCAACAUAGAAUUUGCAACAUAAACAUCAGAAGUUGGUGGUAAACGAUGCGGCGGCAGCAAAAUAAUUUUGAUACUAUGUGCAUCAUGGAAAGUGAAACGGCGGUCGCAUCGCUUACAACCAACUUCACCAACGAGAUCCCAAGUGAAUCACUCCACGUUAUGCAAUGCUCCAAAAAGUAAAGUUUAAGUUCAGCCUUGUCGUCGAGGAUUUUAUUAAAUAGGUAUUAAUACUUAGUCGAGUGUAGUGAGAAGAGGAUGCAAAUGUAAACCAAAACACAACCAAAUCACAUGAAUUUAUUUCGAGCAUGUACAUGCUGGGUGCUAGUAAUGCAAAAACAAAAACAAAAACGAAAACAACAACAACAAGAACAACAAAAACACAACCAAACCAAGAAAGAGUUAAUUAAGCUAUACAGAUUAUAUUUAACAAAGUUAAACCUAAAGCAAAGAUAUGUAAUAACAUUAUUUUUAAUUCGUUUUUUUUUUGCUGUUAGCCAAGGAA